UAAUAAUGGCUGGAAGCUUAAAAUAGAUCCAGGAGGCGCUCAUUAAUGUGAACAUAUGAAACACUUCAGCACUCCAGUCUUCUUCAUUUUGGAAAUUGCUUUGGUCCAUUUUUACUUCCCUCUAUUCAAUGGACUAGAAAAUAGACCUUUACCAACAUAUUUACCACAUUUGACAAUGAACUAAUUUAGACCGGCCAAAAUAAUUGUUGCACAGGGACACAAGAAUUCAACCUCAGUUCAGAAAAUCCCUGACAUGUGACGUAGGAGGAUUUAUAGGUUUAGUGGAAAUUGCUUUCUCCUGCUUUUCAGAUUACAUACUGGGGGUUGAUUUUUUUGCGUGAGUAAACAUCGUUCUAAUAAUGAACAGACCAAUAAUGUCUUAAGAGAGAAAAACAUCUUUUUCCUUUUUGCUGUUUCUUGAGAGAACUGUUUGGAUUUGGAAACCCAUGUUGGCUGUCCAGAAUAUGAAAUUUGCCAUCUUUCUUUUGUGGUGGGGAUGGGUUUUGGCCACUGAAAGCAGAGUGCACUGGCCAGGAAGAGAAGUACACGAGAUGUCUAAGAAAGGCAGAAUUCAAGCUUCAGGAAGGCAGAGGCAGUGGCAUCCCAGAAUCCUACAAACCUCCCUUUUGUCAGUGUCUAGUUCUGUUUGGCCCAAAGCCAAACAGGCCUCAAAGACAGAGACGAGAAGCACAUGGAGACAUCCACAUGCAAGGCAGCCCAAUUCUGAAACGAAGCCCUGACAUCACCAAAUCGCCUCUGACAAAGUCAGAGCAGCUUCUGAGGAUAGACGACCAUGAUUUCAGCAUGAGGCCUGGCUUCGGAGGCCCUGCCAUUCCUGUUGGUGUGGAUGUGCAAGUGGAGAGCUUGGACAGCAUCUCAGAGGUUGACAUGGACUUCACAAUGACCCUCUACCUGAGGCACUACUGGAAGGACGAGAGGCUGUCUUUUCCCAGCACCAACAACCUCAGCAUGACAUUCGAUGGCCGGCUGGUGAAGAAGAUCUGGGUCCCCGACAUGUUUUUCGUGCACUCUAAGCGCUCCUUCAUCCACGACACCACCACGGACAACGUCAUGCUGCGCGUGCAGCCAGACGGGAAAGUGCUCUACAGCCUCAGGGUUACGGUGACUGCAAUGUGCAACAUGGACUUCAGCCGAUUCCCCCUGGACACACAAACGUGCUCGCUUGAAAUUGAAAGCUAUGCCUACACGGAAGAUGACCUCAUGCUGUACUGGAAAAAAGGCAACGACUCCUUGAAGACAGAUGAGCGCAUCUCACUCUCCCAGUUCCUCAUUCAAGAAUUCCACACCACCACUAAACUGGCUUUCUACAGCAGCACAGGCUGGUACAACCGUCUAUAUAUUAACUUCACGCUGCGUCGACACAUCUUCUUCUUCUUACUCCAAACCUAUUUCCCCGCCACCCUGAUGGUCAUGCUGUCCUGGGUGUCCUUCUGGAUUGACCGUAGAGCUGUGCCUGCCAGAGUCCCCCUAGGCAUCACGACGGUGCUGACCAUGUCGACCAUCAUCACGGGCGUGAACGCCUCCAUGCCCCGCGUGUCCUACAUCAAGGCCGUGGACAUCUACCUCUGGGUCAGCUUCGUGUUCGUGUUCCUCUCGGUGCUGGAGUACGCGGCCGUCAACUACCUGACCACGGUGCAGGAGCGGAAGGAGCAGAAGCUGCGGGAGAAGCUGCCCUGCGCCGGCGGGCUGCCUCCGGCCCGCGCCGGGAUGCUGGACGGCGGCUACAGCGACGGGGAGGUGAACGACCUGGACAGCUACCUGCCGGACACCGACAGCGGCGAGAAGCCCGACAGGAUGAUGGUGCAGCUGACCCUGGCCUCGGAGAGGAGCUCCCCACAGAGGAAAAGUCAGAGAAACAGCUACGUGAGCAUGAGAAUCGACACCCACGCCAUUGAUAAAUACUCCAGGAUAAUCUUUCCAGCCGCAUACAUUUUAUUCAAUUUAAUAUACUGGUCUAUUUUCUCAUAGAUGCCUGUAAUUCUAUAAAUUCCACACUCUGCAUGGUGUGCACUACAGAAAUAUCUGUGUAACGAAAAAGAAUUUAAGGAUAUGUUAAAAAAAUAUUCCCAGUACCCCCUCGUGGUUCUACUGUCCCUUCUGCAGCUUUGCAAAGCUACACUGACAAGACACUCACUGGUUU